AUGCAUAUCGAAAUAGCUCAAGCUGUUGAAUUCCUGGGUAGAUUAUUACAGAACAAACUGGACGCUAGCACCAUAUCAUCGUUUAAAGAACAACUCGGUGAAUUGUUAAAGCAGCAUUUUGUUAAUCAUUGGGAUCCUCAGCAGCCGUACAGAGGGAACGGCUACAGAUCAAUAUCCAACUUUAAUGGUGAUUUAGACCCUGUUAUCGCCAAAGCCUGCCAUCUUGCUAAUUGUUCAGCGCCAUUGAUUCACACACAUCUACCUCGUGACUUUGUACUAUGGAUUGAUCCCUAUUCAGUAUCUUAUCGAGUUGGAGAUCAUGGCAAUAUCAUGACACUGUAUGAGGAUCGUUCUCGUGGAAGAGUGUCGCUAAAGAUGGAUCCUGGAAAUACUGGUAUGAUCAGCCCCUCUCAGUCACCUCGUCUUCAGUAUCUACAACCGCAAUCCACUCCCAUCAGAAUCUCACCUCCCAGCAGCCCUGAAAACAAAAAGAUGAAGCCCCAUGUUCAUCAGCCAUCUCCACUUGCAAUGAACGCUAAAAAGGACGAGAAGAAGGAUACCUUGGUCAUGGCAAACUGA